AUGGAGUUUCUUGGGACCACUCAGAAUGCCAGUUACUGUGGCUCCAAGAAAGCCUGUGGCUUGACCGCGCUGCCUCCUGCUGUGCAGACCCCUGUGAUCCAGGAAUGCUACCAGCCCUAUUACCUGCCUGGGUACCGCUAUCUCAACUCAUGGAGACCCAGCCUCUUCUACAAGAUCUCCAGUGCCCAGACCUGCUCUGAUGAGUGCCCCAGCGCCCUGACGCCACCCACCAUCCUGCCCGCGCUCCGCUCAGCACUCUUCUGUCGCUACAGCCCCCGUGACUGGGACAAGUCCAACCAGCUGCAGAUACGUGGGGCUGAGGCGUCGCGGCUGUGGGCUGGCAGGCUGACGGGCGAUUCCAUGCGGCUCAUGCAGGACAAGGAUCAGCUGACGCGCCAGAUGCAGGAGGGGACCUCCCGGAACCUGGGCCAGAGGCUGUCGGACAUCGGCUUCUGGAAGUCGGAGCUGAGCUACGAGCUGGAGAGGCUUCUGACCGAGAACCGUAGCAUGGAGAUGGUCAAGAGGAGGCUGGAGUGUGCGGCCGAGGAGGUCAACUGCCCACUGCAGGUGGCCCUGGAGUGUCUGUACCAUCGCGAGAAGAGGAUCGGGAUUGAUUUGGUGCAUGACAACGUGGAGAAAAAUCUUAUUCAGGAAGUAGAUUUGCUAAAAUGUUGCCAAGAACGGAUGAGAAAAUUAGCUCAAAGAAUUGAUAUUCAGAUGCGUGAUAACCGAGAUGCUCAGCAUGCUCUGGAGAGGGACCUCGAGGACAAGAACUCAGCCCAGUUUAUUGAUGAGAAGUGCUUUAACCUGAGAAACACAUCAGACUGCAUCAGCUUCUUCCAUGGUGUGGAAAAAGUCGAUGGCACGAUCUCUGUACCUGAGACCUGGGCCAAAUUUAGCAAUGACAAUAUCAGGCACUCUCAGAACAUGCGGGCCAACUCCAUCCGGCUGCGGGAGGAGGCAGAACACCUCUUUGAGACCUUGUCGGAUCAGAUGUGGAAGCAGUUCACGGACACCAAUCUGGCCUUCAAUGCCCGCAUCUCCGAGGUGACGGACGUGAAGAAUAAGCUGCAGACUCAGUUGGCCAAGACGCUGCAGGAGAUCUUCCAGGCGGAGAACACCAUCAUGCUGCUGGAAAGGGCCAUCAUGGCCAAGGAGUGCCCACUGAAGGUGGCGCAGACAAGACUGGAGUGCCGGACCCGGCGCCCCAAUGUGGAGCUGUGCAGGGACAUCCCGCAGUUCAAGCUGGUAAACGAGGUAUUCACCAUCGAUGACACCCUGCAGACCCUCAAGCUGAGGCUGCGGGAGACACAGGACACGCUGCAGCUGCUGGUAAUGACCAAGUCCCGGCUGGAGCAUGAACUGGCCAUCAAGGCCAACACCCUCUGCAUCGACAAGGAGAAAUGCAUGGGCAUGCGCAAGACGUUCCCCAGCACCCCCCGCCUGUUGGGCUACACCUCUGCGCCCUGCUAUGGGCAGGUUUCUUAUGCAACAUAA